AUGGCGGCUAUGAGCUCGACUGCUCUGGUCUUCAAGACCCUUGUGUCUUCUUCGUCUUCUUCUUCUAGGCUGUCCAUGGGGAUGAGCCCCAGGAUUUCGGUGGCCCCGCAGCCGGCAUCUCUGGGCUCGCGCCGCCGGCCGGCGAGCGCGCGGCUGUGCGUCCGAGCGAUGGCGAUAGACGGUGAGUACUCUUCGAGGAGGGGCGGUGGCGGCGGCGGCAAUGAGCCGAGGGAGACGAUUCUUCUUCCUGGAUGCGACUACAACCACUGGCUCAUCGUGAUGGAGUUUCCCAAGGAUCCCGCCCCCACCCGGGAGCAGAUGAUCGACACCUACCUCAAUACCCUCGCCACCGUUCUCGGCAGGUAUCGGAUUACGCCGUCCCCACCACCUAUCGGAGAAAUUUAUGAUUCCUCUUUCUUGGUGAAUCAUUGUUUUCUACGGCAUUUAUUCGUUGCGCCCUGCUAUAAUUUUCCCUCCUUACUGCGGAAAAUCUAAUAAUCCGGGCCUUCUCUACACUUCUCACCGUCGAAUGAUUUUGAGCCGAGCCGUAUGAUUCUUCCUCCCUCUGGGUUCCAGAGCUCGAGAUUAUGUCCUUAUGUUUUCCUAGUGGGAACAUUUAAAGAAAAUUUUAGAACAGCCCUGCAUUGGGUAAAAAAAAAAGAAAAAAAGGAAAUUUUCUCAGGUCGAAGCAUGCGUUAUAUUCUUUAUGGGCUUGGAUAGAAGAAUUCACCAGUAAGAGUUCACUAUUUAGUGCAUUUAUGGGGCUGGAUACUGGUAUGGUACAUGAUUAUUUAUCGUCAUUUUUGGUAAUUUACCAAUGUUCUGUGUGUGGGUAUGCAUGGACGGGGUACUGAGGGUUUGUUGUCCUCUGCAGCAUGGAGGAGGCAAAGAAGAACAUGUAUGCUUUCAGCACGACGACAUACACUGGAUUCCAGUGCACCGUAGAUGAGGAGACUUCGGAGAAGUUCAAAGGUCUGGUGGCAAUUAUUUCGUGAUUAAAAAUUUCCCAUUUUCCUUGGAGGUAGGUCUUGAGAAGGAUAACAUGUUCUCUGUCUCCCUCGAUUUCAGGAUUGCCCGGCGUCCUCUGGGUGUUGCCAGAUUCCUACAUUGAUGUCAAGAACAAGGACUAUGGAGGUCAGAUAUGAACUCUUUCUAGUCAAAUGUGCCAUCAUGCCUCUCUCUCUCUCUCUCUCUCUCUCUCUCUCUCUCACACACACACACACACACACUCACACUCACUCACUCUCUCUCUCUCUAUGUCUCUCUCUUGUUUCAGGAGAUAAGUACAUCAAUGGAGAAAUUAUUCCAUGCAAGUACCCGACUUAUCAGCCCAAGCAACGUAGCUCAUCAAAAUAUGAGAGCAGAAGGUAUGAGAGACGAAGGGACGGCCCUCCACCGGAGAAGAGAAGACCUAGGCAGGAGUCUCAGCAGCCCGAGGCAGCAUCUUAA